UGCGGCAGCGAGUAGGCAGAGACGGUCGUCGGUGGUCGUCGGUCGAGACCGUGGCAGGGUUGGGUUUCGCCGUAUUUGCGUGGAUCUGUGAAGGGGUAGGGAGAUGUCUGCGUUCAGUCGGGCUGCAUUGCUCUCUCGUCUUCUUCACCUUCUUUCCAUGGACUGCGUGUACGAUAUGUCAUAUUUCCCGGCGUUUCCAGCAUGUCGGCAAGCUCUCGUCGGCGUCUUCUUCGCAUGGAGGCGCAUUCUUCACUCGAGCAUUUCUUUGCUUUUUUUUUUUCUCAGGGCAGUUGAUUGCGAAGCGCCUCUCGUUGUCGCUUUCGCUUUUGCUUUGUCCCCUGGAGUUGUGGAUGGGGAGUAAAACUCAACACUGGGCUUGAUCUUAGCGUGGGAUAUGGCGUCGCCGCAUGAAGGGCAGGCAGGUAGUAGUCGAGAAUAGAAUAUGAGUGAUAUUGUCAA